CAGAAGUGAAGCCAUAAGAGAUGGGGGAGAGAGAGACGCGGGUGUCCGUGUGGCCCCUUCUGGCCCCCGAGCUGCCCAGCGAGCGACACACCAGCUUUACACAGGGACAAAAAGUUGUCGGGUGAACGUGAAGAAAAAACCUACACCCCUCCCUCCACUCUUAGAGCUCGAGGGGAGUGUGUUUUUGUGAGAGAGGGAGUGUGUGAGAGGACUGGGAGCGCGCUUGAAGGAAACGGGGGAAAUUUCGAGUAACUCCGCAAACUGUUCGUUAAGUAAAGAGAAAACUUUCAGUCUCGCGUUUCUUUCUUCAUUAUCUACACGCACAACAGAGCUUUACCCAAGGCAAACGGUUGUGUGUAAGGAGUUUAUGCGCAAGAGGACAGAAUGAGCACUGGAUCUGUGUGCAGAUUGUGUGCAGUUUUCUGUUGUGUGUUGACUGUGCUGCCUGCAACCACAGCUGAUACAGUAGAGAAGCAGGUGACUGGACGGCGGUCUCGUCAGGCAGAGGAGGAGGGGCUUGAAGGAGUGUGGGGUCCAUGGAGUGAGUGGGUGGAGUGUUCUCAGACCUGUGGUGUGGGUGUGUCCGAGAGGAGGAGGCAAUGCAUGCCACCUCCCCAAACCCCACCCCUUGUCUGGAACAGACCAGCUUACCCAGGUGUCAUCUCAGCUGUCAGACCCUACUACAACUCUUUGUAUCCUGGCAAUGAGUCCCCUCCAUAUGGGGCGGGGGUUGCUGAGAGAUCUCAAUUUUUUUCUCCACCUAACCCAGCCAAUCAGAAUCCUACAUUACCCCUCUACCGAAAUGAAGCUGGUGGUGCUGGGCCAGCACAGUUUGACCCAUCCAGUCAGGAGCCAGUUUCAGUUUACCGCUCGUCUUCAUUUCUUGCUGCGUCUUCUUCAUCUUCUUUUCUUCCGUAUGGAAGAAUUCCUGGACGGACAUCUAGUCAAGGUGCGGGACGAAGUGUGGGCAGCGGCAGCAGGAGGUCUAGUUCUUCUAUUCGCCCCGGACAGUUUGGUUAUGGCAGGGUCCCUUUCUCGCUCCCCCUGCACAGACAAAACCGUCACGUGCGCCACCACAACAGCACCACCACAGACAGUCCUGAUGUUCUAGAUGUUAAUCCCAAUUUACGUGAAGACAAAACAGAGGAAGAUGCAGAAGCAAGCAUUACAGACGUUACCAAGAUCAACAAAGAACAAAAAGAGAAGAGGAAAAGAGAAAAAGACAGGGUAGAGAUGGAGACACAAGCCGUUACCGUGACUACAGAGAGGGGUGAUGAUGCAGCAGAAAGACCAAGUGAUGCAGAGACGCACAGACGACCGGAAAUAAUGAGGGGACGAGAGAGAGUCACCCAUUCCCAGUCUCUGACCCAAAGACAAAGCCAUGCUCACGUGGCCCGUGACAGACGCGUCGACAGCCGGGCUUCUCGCCAAGUCCCGCACUCCUACACACAAACUAUUCAUCGAGCACAAACUCCCAGAAAGCCUUCCUCGUAUAGCCUGCCUCUCCCGCACAUCCAAACACCCACAAACUCCAACCCUGAACCCUGGGUCCUGCAAAAUGGUUCUCAGCCACCCAGAAACGAGGCCGAGAGGGGAUGGGGACUCCCAGCGCACAGUUACAAAUGCUCUGGGAGGGACAGAGAGUACCGCAGGUGCAGCUUACAGGCAUGUCCAGGUGCUCCAGUGAACCCCCGGGCUGAGCAGUGUGCAGCAUUUAACAGUCAGGAGUUUAUGGGACGUGUGUAUGACUGGGAGCCUUUCACAGAAGGUUAGAAACGUAAAUUAAGGGGGGUACGAAUGGAAAAGAGAAGGAAUAGGGGUGUGGUGGAACACUAUCCAGUUUCACACCUCGCUGCUAUUGUAAAGUCCAGCAUCUUGAGUUUACUGUGUAAUAACUGCACAUAAAAAUCUAAUUUGGCUUCUUACUAGAUUCACAUUUAUAGUAGCCAUUUUGUUACCUUUCUAUUCUGUCUUCUAAGAUACCUUCAUGAAUUGUUGAUGGAUAAGUUACCAAUCCUCCAACCCAUG